AUGAAGCAGGCAACCGCUCCCUGGUGGCUUCUUGAGGCGGCAGUGAGACGUGCAGCAGCAACAGCACAUAUACCUGCCGACUCUCCCACAUCAGUGAGCACCGAGCCAGAGGCAGCCAGCAAGCACCAGCCAGCUCCUGCGCCACAAAAACCAGGACGAGGGUUGAGGAGCGUGAGAGCGGUGCUGUGUAAGGUGGAGCACCCACAAGGGUUGUGUUCCACCAUUCUUGUGUGUCAGCCGCCGGCAACCACUGAGGCUCCCCCCCUCCCCAGCCCCCCCUCUUGCAUCCCCAGCCCCAAAGCUCUGGCCAGCCCCCCGCUAGCACCUCAGUUGUGCUCACGACUGUGUGCUGAGUGGACUACCACGCUCACCUUCCUGCCCACACCGCCACCACACCUCUGUCUGCCUCAACAAGCAAGGUGGAGUAUGGACCUGAAGGGGGCACAGGAGGCGUUUCUGGCGGUGCUGCAACAGAUUCCUCAACCAGAGACACGCAAGGCUUUCUUAGCGUGGGUCGAUGAUACCUGGAUAAGGGGAGUGCCCCCAACCUUGAUGGUAUGUCCCCCACCAUGCCCACCUCCGCCACUGGCACCCGUCUGCACCUCAGAUUACAGCUCGGGGGACACCAAAUUACGCAAGAUUGCCGAUGACCUGCGCGAGAUCAUGCCACUUAAUGCCAUUUUACCUACAGAACAAAUCACGUUCCCAUCUGUAGGAGAGAAUGCAGACUGCGAUCCAUCCCACACCCUGCACGUAGACGCAUUCCUCUACGAUGAGGAUAUGGUCGACGAGUUGUGUGACACUGGGGAGUUGGCCCGUAACUACUGUGUCGACUGUUCCUCUCACAACACUCAGCCUAUAACGUAUAUCAGUCACUCGGCUUCAAGAGAAAGAUUAGCUUACAUCUUCCGAGCAUUACUUCCCCCCAUACCUGAAGACACCAUAUUACUGGACGUUGGAUCCAGAUUAGGAGCAGUACUUUAUGGGGCUUACAUAUACACAAAAUGCCGGAGAAUAGUUGGAGUGGAAAUUAAUCAAGACUUAUGCCAAGUUCAGCAGACCAUCAUCAAUAAAUAUCAGUUUCAGGAUCGCGUUCAGGUGUUACCGGGUGACAUCCAGGAACAAGGGGAGGUGGUGCGCGCUGCCGACAUAAUUUGUCUCAACAACGUGUUCGAGUUCUUCAUGCCAGCAAGCGUUCAAGCGCGCAUUUGGGCAUUUCUACGAUCAAAUGCCAAGAAGGGAGCUCUGCUGGUCACCAUACCUUCCCUAGAAGACUCUCUACAGUAUAUAGAUUGUGGGUUCCGUCACCCGGAGUGGACCAGAGAAGUGGCCCCACACAACCCAAACAUCACUGCGCCGUUUGACUUCCAGAGUGAAACAUCUGAGGUCAAGCUGUAUCAAGUCAUUUAAACCAUAGUGAUGUUUUGUGUAAUAUUGAUGAAAUUGAUAUUAAUAUUAUCUGUUGCAAUAGACUGAAAGAGAUUGUGAUGAAUACUUGGCUUGUGUUUAGACUGCGUGAGAUAGUCGGGUUACCGAGUCGAGUUGUAACCGACCAGCGAAUACCGUAGUGGUAUUUUGCAUGUGAAGUUCGUGUGAAUGAAGAACACUUUUUAACAUAUCUAGGAAUUCUGAGCUGCAUUUACAUACAAAGACUCUUGAGUGUAUCCCUCUUGCCAAAGACUUGAGCAUUUUGGAUGUUCAUUGUUUUGUUGAAGACUUAUCCAUAAUGUGUACUGUUUUAAGUACAUGGGUCCUAUGUACAUAAUAUAAAAAGUGCCAUUGCCUUGUUCUAUGCCUUAUCAUGCCAAGGUGUUUCUUAUGUUUUCUUAAUAAUAAUGUGAAGUGUUAAGAAAAGGAGGUGUAAUCAUGUAUUAGCUUUGUUAUAAAUGGUAAGUCUUUGCACGGGAAAACUUCAAAUAAAACCUUUAUUUUUUAUAUGAAUUUUAUAUUACUGUAUACUGUUCAUGUCAGUAAUAACAAUAACCUGUGUCUCUGUCUGUCUGUCUGUCUGUCUCUAGUUCUCACUCUACGUGACCACUGUUAGUAAACCACCACGAGCGGGACGACCCGGUAAAUUUUAAGACGACACGAACCUAAACAAACAGUCCUCGGCGCAGUCAUGGUUGGUUUUGUGUCGUCUAUAGAUAUAAAAUUUACCAAUCCCGUCUUGGAUAGUCUUAAAACUCUUAACCACUGUUUAGUACGACCCGGGGUGAGAACGACGGCCACUUGUUAAACCUUUACCAAACUUUUCACACACUGACCAAGUUUGUAUCUUUAAAAUGUUCAAUACUGUACACUAAGCAGCAUUUGAAACUCUUAAUCUGUUUUGGUUAUUAUAUGAACUAAACAAAUAGUAGUGCUUGCAUUUAUACACUAAAUAUAUGGAGAGGUUAAGGGUUGUCUCAUCAAGCACAACGGAAGAUGACAGAGCAGCCCAGAUGAUACCAGAGGCUUGGACUACAACCACAGAUGAACAAAGCUUAUAAAUCUCUGAACGAGUUUAUCCCUUGACUACAACAACAAUAAUGACUGAACAACAAUAACCAGAUGUAGCUACAACUUCCUACAAGCAUCAGUUAUUACCUACAACUUCUUACAAGCAUCAGUUAUUACCUACAACUUUCUACAAGCAUCAGUUAUCACCUACAACUUCCUACAAGCAUCAGUUAUUACCUACAACUUCCUACAAGCAUCAGUUAUCACCUACAACUUCCUACAAGCAUCAGUUAUUACCUACAACUUCCUACAAGCAUCAGUUAUUACCUACAACUUCCUACAAGCAUCAGUUAUUACCUACAACUUCCUACAAGCAUCAGUUAUCACCUACAACUUCCUACAAGCAUCAGUUAUCACCUACAACUUCCUACAAGCAUCAGUUAUCACCUACAACUUCCUACAAGCAUCAGUUAUUACCUACAACUUCUUACAAGCAUCAGUUAUCACCUACAACUUCUUACAAGCAUCAGUUAUCACCUACAAUUAAGCUGCCACUAAAAACAAGUGUAUACAGGACACUACUGUACUACUGUUAACUCCUUCCAAUAGUCUUUUAUAUUUACUUUUGUUACUUUACAUUUGACAGUCUAAAUCAGUCAAAUAAUUCAUCUUGAUAGUCUAAAUCAGUCAAAUAACUCCUCUUGACAGUCUAAAUCAGUCAAAUAACUCCUCUUGAUAGUUUAAAUCAGUCAAAUAACUCUUCUUGACAGCUUAAAUCUGUCAAAUAACUCCUCUUGAUAGUUUAAAUCAGUCAAAUAACUCUUCUUGACAGCUUAAAUCUGUCAAAUAACUGGUCUGGACAGUCUCAGUCAAAUAACUCAUCUUGACAGUCUAAAUCAGUCAAAUAACUCAUCUUGACAGUCUAAAUCAGUCAAAUAACUGGUCUGGACAGUCUUAAUCAGUCAAAUACAGUAACUAGUCUUGACAAUCUAAAUCAGUCAAAGAGAAAAAUUUUUAUUAUUUGUUUAAAUGUGAAACACAAAUUAAUAUCAAUUCUUUUUACUAUUAAAUUAUAUUGUCGUGUGUCAAUAAUCAGGAACAGAGAAAGUUAAAUCUAUUUUGUUACAACGAAAAAAUAAAAGUUUAAAUGUUGAUUGACUCGGCAACCAAUAAGGUAUGAGGGUUGCUUUUGGCUUCCAGUUACCAUAGAAAAGUAAUCCGUGCCUUGACGUCAGUAAGCAAUCUGCCACGACCGAACUAUACUGCGUAAAUAAACAAACAAACACAUGAUGGAAAAUUUACUUACUGAUUUGUUUAAUUAUAAGUUGAUGAAUAAAAAAAAAACAUGAAUAA